AUGGUUGAGAUUGAGCAGGCUGAGGCCCAGCUCUCUGAGUUAGACCUGCUGGCCAGCAUGUUCCCUGGUGAGAAUGAGCUCAUAGUGAAUGACCAGCUUGCUGUAGCAGAACUGAAAGAUUGCAUUGAAAAGAGGACGAUGGAGGGCCGAUCUUCAAAAGUUUACUUUACUAUCAACAUGAACCUGGACAUGUCUGCGGACACAGUGGUGAUGUUUUCUCUGGCCUGUAUUCUUCCUUUUGAAUACCCUGCAGUUCUGCCUGAAAUCACUGUCAGGUCAGUAUUAUUAAGUAGAUCCCAGCAGACUCAGCUGAACACAGAUCUGACCACAUACCUACAGAGGAAUUGCCUAGGAGAUGUCUGUAUACUGAAUGCCACCGACUGGAUUAGAGAACAUGCCUCUGGCUAUGUCAGCAGAGACCCCAUCCCUCCCCCCAUUCCGGGAAGUACAGUCCAGCCUGUCCGUGUCAUUCUCACGAGACUCUGGAUCUAUAGCCAUCACAUCUACAACAAGUGCAAACGGAAGGACAUUCUGCAGUGGGCGAAGGAGCUUACCCUGUCAGGGUUUAGCAUGCCUGGGAAGCCAGGCGUGGUCUGUGUGGAAGGCCCCCAGGAUGCUUGUGAAGAAUUCUGGUCAAGACUCAAAAAAUUAAACUGGAAGAGAAUUUUGAUUCGCCAUCGAGAAGACAUUCCUUUGGAUGGUACAAAUGAUGAAAUGGAAAGAUGGAGAAAAUUUUCAGUUUUUGAAGAAAAAGUGUUCAGUGUUAGUGGAGCCAGAGGAAACCAUAUGGACUUUGGUCAACUGUAUCAAUUUUUAAAUGCCAGUGGAUGUGGGGAUGUUUUCCAGAUGUUCUUUGGCGUGGAAGGACAGUAG